CGAAUGCUAACUGGAAAUUAAGUUAAUGAGUUGCUCUUGAAACGAGGCGCAUGAAAAUGGAAAUUGAUAUUGUGCUGCAGCUAUAAAUAAACAAGGCAUAAAGGAAAAUUCAAGAAAGGAAAUAUUCAAUUAAAUUAAAUUAAAAUAAGCAACAAGAAAUUUGAAACGCAUUAAGAUUCCCAAGGUAGAUCAACAACCAUGGCAUCACCACCGGAAAGUCCCAUCGAGGAGGUGGUCUAUGAGUUGGAACACACACGCGUGCCUAAACCCAUUCCGGUUGCUCUAGAGGAUUUGUGCCGUCAAACCAAGUUCACCAAGCAGGAAAUCCGCGUCAUGUAUAGAGGAUUUAAGACGGAAUGUCCUGAGGGUGUGGUGCACGAGGAUUGUUUUAAGGAUAUUUACGCCAAAUUCUUUCCACAUGGCAAUUCCAGUUUAUAUGCUCAUUAUGUGUUCAAAGCCUUCGAUGUUAAUUGCAAUGGCGCCAUUAGUUUUCGGGAUUUACUGGUCACCUUAUCGACUCUAUUGCGUGGCUCGGUUUAUGAACGUCUGCGCUGGACCUUCAAACUGUAUGAUCUCAAUGGAGAUGGUCGCAUCAGUCGCGGUGAACUAAGUGAAAUUGUUCUGGCCAUACACGAGCUUAUGGGAAGAAGGCCUCAUCAACCGGAGGAUGAUCGCAAGGCGAGAGAUCAGGUCGAUCGAGUGUUUCGCAAAUUGGAUUUAAAUCAAGACGGCAUCAUAACGAUAGAGGAGUUCCUCGAGGCGUGCCUCAAGGACGAUUUGGUAACGCGCUCGCUGCAGAUGUUCGAUAAUGACCUUUGAUGACAAGCGGAUGAGCCAGAGAUACGCAAUACAAGGACUAUAAUACCGCUUAUAGAUCUAUGAAUUGAAUUAACAUUAACAAUCCAACAACAAUUGUAAUAAACACCAGUGACAAAAACAGCUGAAGCAAAGGCAGACGAAGAAACAACAUAUUAGUAAUUAACAUUAGUUUAGGCAGCUGCAUAAAUAA